AUGGUGUGGGUAGCAACUACCGAGGCGGAGGACCAUAAUUCCUCAAGUAGAGGUAAAAGUGACACAAUCAAUAAUCUGCCGAACGGAAAUAGUUUAAGGAGUUGCAAGUUGGAAAAUGAGCCUGCACAGGCCACUGUCGAUUUGCGAACAAGUUCACCAAAAUCGAACGCAGGUAGUUCCAGCGACAUAGGUUCAGCUCUACUGCCGUCAUGCUUGCGGAUCGGUGCUACAAAUGGCAAUCCACCAGCGCUGGUGCGCUUGCCAGCAAUUCAAACUGCUCGUUUGCACCCUAAGACUGAGUCGAUAUCCGACGGUGAUCUAUCGGAUUUUUCCCUCAACGAUACGGAGGAGGAUGAGGAGGAAUUUCGCAGCUGCAUGCUCUCCAGUGGCAGUCAAGGUGACGCUUCGCGCUCCCACUCCACUUCGCCGCGCAAUAUCAACAUACUCCAGCCGCCGCGUCAGACAAAUUCCCCGCCAAACAAUAGCAAUAUCUUGAGGAAUGGCCAACACAUUAGCGGCGGUCCGGUGCGUAAGGUCUUCACGAAUACCCGUGAGCGUUGGCGUCAACAAAAUGUAUCUGGCGCAUUUGCCGAAUUACGUAAGCUAGUACCCACGCAUCCACCAGACAAGAAGCUCUCCAAGAAUGAAAUCCUUCGCAUGGCUAUUAAAUAUAUCAAAUUGCUCACUGGUGUCUUGGAGUGGCAGAAACAACAGGAGGAACUGCAACGCCAGCAGCCGAUAAAUGGACUUGGAAUUUGUUGCGAAACGCGACCGAACAUUGAAUUGAACAACAAUGAUAAACAUAGAAUGAAUGGUCAUCAGGAGUCGUCCGCCGUCGGGCAACGGGAAACCGCACCGUCCUUGCAGCAAGUGCAUACCAAACAAUUUCCAUUGAUAAAGUAUGAGCGCGUUGGCGCAUCUUUGACUGCUCAGCGCAAUAAUAAUCUUCUAAUGAUUGCCCCGGGUGCAAUUAAAUUGGAACAUAUAGAGACCGUGGACGGGGCUAGCACAGUCGUUGGCUCUGGUUUGCCCAACAUUUCUCCUCAAACUGCUGGCAUUCCACUGGAUUCUCAGGCGGUCUCAAUUGCAGCUGGACGUUUGAAUGGUGUUACCGGCGGGCGUGCCCCUAAGCGCAAGUCGAGCUCCAAGUCAGGUGUGGAUACGAGCACUGAAAAUAAUAAGAAAAGAAAGGAGAAUUAA